AUGUUCGGGGCGCUUAACCGGUUUAUCGGGCGCCUUGAUGGCGAGCCUGCCCAGCAACCUCGAAGCGGACCCAGUGAUAGCGCCUUCGGUUUCCAGGUACUUCGCAACAAAGAUCCCGAGCUGCCCUUAGAGCCUUGGUUUGAUUUUAUUGUGGGAAUAAAUGGACACCCGAUCGAGGAUCCCGAUCCGAAUCUCUUUGCGACGGAGGUCCGCAACUGCGCGGGGUCCAACCUGACUCUAGAAAUAUGGAGCGCAAAGCAUAUAUGGCAUAUCCUCUCAAUCCCCUCAUCAGAGAGCCCAGCAUACCGGGCGGGGCUUCUGCCGCACUCAGACUACAUUAUCGGAACGCCCAGUGGAACUCUACGUGGGGAGUCUGCCCUGGGAGAGCUGGUUGAAGACCACCUAGAUCGAACCCUGGUCUUAUGGGUGUAUAAUAGUGAAUUCGAUGUUGUGAGAGAAGUGGAACUUGUCCCGACCAGGAACUGGGGCGGCGAGGGUGCUGUCGGGGCAGAGUUGGGAUAUGGUGCUUUACACCGACUUCCUGUCGGAUUGGGUGAAGAGGUAGAGGGACCUGGCGAGGUCGUUUUCGAAAGCCGUGAGGACGGUGCUUCCGAAACUGUCCUUGGAGCUACCGGUGCAGGAAACCCCCCAGCGGCUCCUACGAACUUCCUUGUCCCAGCAAACAUGACGGCCGCACCACCUCUAACAUCACAAAUAAGGCCUAGUCCUUCCCCCGAUAACAGAUCAUCGUCCAGUCGGCGUGGCAAGCCCCGCCCAGCAGCUUUCGAUGAUUACUUUGCCGAAGGUGAACAGAAAAGCCGCGAGGAGGACUUUGCUCCUACUCGCAAGUCGCCUUUGCCCCCGCCUCCGAAAGCAGGCUUCUCACCUCCACCCCACGAUACACCUGCAGUGGAACAAGUGGAGGGAGCGCCGGGCCCGACGGAGGAAGGUUAA